AUGGAAAAUGAAGUAGCGCUUCGUAGCUGUCCAAGUUGUCCAUCAUCAUCAUCGUAUCCGUCUACACCUACAGAAGAGCCUCCAAAUCUUAUUACUCAAGUACAGGAUGGACCAGAACAAUUUGAUUUUCACCAGUCUUUUGGAUGUAUGACUGGACGGCGACUACAACGUCGAUAUCGAGGUGUGUACCAGAAAUAUUCAGUCAUGGCACAACUUAUUACAUGGGGUAUUGUGAUCUACGUUAUGGUGGUCUUUGCAGUCCUUGCUGUGAAUAAUUCUGCAGAUACAAGUGAACAGGCUUCACUGUCAGAUGGUGUUUUCUACUUUGCAGUGAUUGCAUUGGCCUUAUAUCUUCUCGUCAAGUUGGCAUUGAUCAUUAGAUGGAUAAUCUACUGGAUUAUUCUUGCUGAAUUGCUGACGUAUGCAAUCACUGGCAAUUUAUACGUCUUGUUCUGGAUUGAUGACAAUGCUGUGACGGACACGGAUCGACAAGUGCGUUAUAUCAUGGUCAUCGUUCUCGUUCUCGUGGAAAUUCUCACGAUCGUCACGUAUUGGUUUACACAUUAUGCAUACUUGCGGAUGGUGCUUGACGAGAAGUUUGAUCUUCAAGAUUGGUGGAAUAUUAAACCCGGUAUCGAGACCAACACGUUGACAUAUCGCUCCAAAGCACGCUUCUAUACACGGAAGCGCCAUGUCAUAAAGUACCGUGGAGGAUUGAACGCACAGGGUCAGCCGCACGGAUACGGAAUGUGGACCGACACGGGCUAUCAUGGCGAGAAACUGACAGGUCAAUGGGAGAAUGGUGUUCCUAUUGGCCCAUUCCGCAGUUUUGAGCACGGAAGCGGUUAUUCAUUUGUGAACAUCCGUGUCGGGUUUUGCCACAAUCGAGCCGAGAAAGGAUCUGCAGAUAUUUUCUUUCUUCCACAACACUCAGACAACGGCUUGAACUGGGGUGUAGCAAGCGUGGAAUGCUCUGUGUCAGGUGGAUUCUUCAAAUAUUUGCCUACAGUGACGCACUUGACGCCGUCAUAUGUGAAUGGUGCUCCGCGGAACGCGGCAGAAUGUCUUUCUGUGCUACGGACUCCGACGGAUAAUGUUGUAUUCAGCCGCAAUGGUGCAGAAGCUAUGUUGCAAAGAGAACCUUACAGAAAGGAGGUCUCUAUGCGGCAUGUUUUUCGGGAAGAAUCUGCACCUGUGCUUAGUGUACCUAGCAGAAACGAUGACGAAAGUAAAGAAGCACUGGUUCUACUGCACGGCUACAACUGCUCUCUCGACUACGGUAUGAAUCGCCUCGCACAGCUUCUCGCGCUUGGAGACUUUCCGUCAUACAUUCAUCCUUUUGUGUUCAGCUGGCCUAGCGGGGGUGUGCUGGCGUAUUUCCAAGCGAAAAAGAUUGGUAGCGAAAGCGAACGCACAUCGCAUGACUUCAUUUUGUUUCUGAAGAGCCUGAUUGGUACCGGCUACACAAAGCUGAACAUUAUUGCACAUUCUAUGGGAGCGCGUGUUUUCUUUGGUUCCCUUAACAAAGGGCUUUUCGAAGAGGUUUUCAUGGCUGCUGAAAGCGUUUCAAAUAUGGAUAUUUCCACAAGCAAAGCAGAGCUCUCAACACUCAUUCUUUGUAAUCCGGAUUACGACCGAAACGAAUUCGUAAAAUACGGAGGAGGGUAUGACCGCGCGCGCCACUUUUGCAAUCACAUUACACUGUACGCGGAUAGUAUGGACGGUGCUUUGUUUUACUUGGAAUAUCUCUCGAAAACGUCGAUCCUGGGUCCGCUUAAUUACUCUUUAGGCAGGCGUGGACAUAUGAUUCAUCGCGACCCGAAGGACAACGACGUUGCAGGGCGAUUGGAUACACAGUUUUUCAACUGGCAGAACAAGAAUUUGGUCGUACCGCAAGAUUUAGACCUGGCGUACGCAGCAGUGAACCACCGUGCGAACUACCCUGGCGUGACAUCAUUUGCGUACAAUCGCAGUCGAAUACACCCAAGUAACGAUGAGUCUAGACCCUCGACACGGUGUGGCAAGAAUGAUGACGAACUCUUGUUUCAUUACUUGGACAUGGAUGUGAUUGACACGACGUGGAUGGACAACAAUGUGCACUCAAUCCGACAUAACUAUUUCAACCUGAAUCCGACCAUUGUAGAUGAUCUUCGCCAUUUGAUCGUACAUAAAAACCGUGCAAGUUGUCGUCCAGGUCUAUUAAAAACCACGUCGGCUGAGAAUGUCUACAUUUUUCUAGUCGCACCGUCACACGUGAAAAACAAGUGA